UAAAUACUUUGCUCAAGCAGAAGAACACAUUUUGCAAAGAAAAUAUGGGGAUUUUGAAGGCGGUGGUUGUUCUUACAAUGAUAUCCACUCUUCUUCUAUCCAUCAUAUGGAAGGCAACCUUGGAUUCAGAUGAAGAUGGUAAUCAAAAUUUUAUCCAAUGUCUUUUGGAUAAUUCUGUCCCCUCCCAUCCCAUUUCUUCUGCAAUUUACACGCCUGAAUCCUCCUCCUAUUCACCUGUUCUUCAAUCUUACAUCAGAAACCUACGUUUCAACGAAUCUUGGACGCCGAAACCUUUCCUCAUUCUAACGCCACUUCAUCAAUCCCAUGUCCAAGCCGCCGUCGUUUGCGGCAAGAGCCAUGGAGUUCGGAUGAAGAUUCGAAGCGGGGGACAUGAUUACGAGGGUUUGUCUUAUGUGUCGGAUGUCCCUUUCUUCCUCCUCGACAUGUUCAAUCUCCGGUCCAUCGAUGUCGAUAUAGAACACGAGUCGGCUUGGGUUCAGGCAGGAGCGACCCUCGGCGAGGUUUUUUAUAGGAUCGGGGAGAGGAGCACGACUCAUGGGUUCCCGGCAGGUGUUUGUCCCACGGUCGGCGUCGGCGGUCAUGUCAGCGGAGCUGGUUACGGUAACAUGAUGAGAAAAUAUGGCGUUUCCGCCGACAACAUCCUCGACGCGGUCGUCGUUGACGCUGACGGUAGAGUCCUCGACAGACGGUCCAUGGGUGAAGAUCUUUUCUGGGCAAUUAGGGGAGGCGGAGGAGCAAGCUUCGCCGUCGUCGUCGCGUAUAAAAUCAAGCUGGUCCGUGUCCCGGAGAGAGUCACGGUGUUUCAGGUCGAGAAAACACUCGGAAAAGACGAUGUCACCGACAUCGUAGACCAAUGGCAACACGUUUCACACAAUCUCCCCGAACAACUCUUCAUCAGACUCAUGCUGGAUGUCGUAAAGAAGACUGUGAGGGCGUCGUUCGUCUCCUUGUUCCUCGGAGACUCCGACAGCCUCAUCUCGAUCAUGAACGACCGAUUCCCCAAGCUCGGUUUAACCAAAUCCGACUGCAUCGAACUCAGCUGGGUCAAAUCCAUUCUCUUCUGGUCCAACAUUCCACUCGACACAGACAACAAAGUCCUACUGGAUCGAACUCUCCCAACACUGUAUCACCUAACCAGGAAAUCAGAUUACGUACGAGAGCCGAUCCCAAAGCCCGGCCUGGACUCCAUCUGGAAGAAGAUGAUCGAACUGGAAACCCCAAAAAUGUACUUCAAUCCUUACGGAGGAAAAAUGGCGGAAAUCGUAGAACAAGAGAUCCCAUUCCCGCACAGAGCUGGAAAUCUUUGGAAGAUCCAAUACAUAGCCAAUUGGAAAGAACAAGGCAUCGAAAAGGCAAACUUUUACAUUGAUUUAACCAGGAAACUCCAUGAAUUCAUGACUCCAUUCGUGUCGAACAACCCGAGGCGAGCAUUUCUCAACUACAGAGAUGCUGAUCUGGGAACUGAUUACCAUAAAAAAGGCAUGCACGAGGAGGCAAGAGCUCAAGGGAUUAAGUGGUUCAUGGGUAAUUUCGAUAGAUUAGUGAAGAUCAAGGGUGAAGUAGAUCCCAGUAAUUUCUUCAGAUAUGAACAGAGCAUCCCUCUUCUUCCUUCUCUACAACAUUCGGAUGCUUCUGUCUGAUCUUUUUUUAAGAGUAAACUACACAUUUAGGAU